AUGUCGCAGACUGUCGGGCUGACGAAACUAGCCUACUCGCGAGUAUGGCACCACAUCUCCGCCGCAGCGCCACACCCAACGCUCUCCACGCAACCGAACGUAACCCCGCCAUCUCUAGGCCGUCUGGCCUCGCGCAUCGCCGUGAUCCUCAUGGGCAAGCACAAGCCGAUCUGGGACCCGUCGACGGACUGCGGGGACUACGUGGUAGUAACCAACUGCGCGGCCCUGCACGUCACCGGCCGCAAGAUGUGGCAGAAGACGUACUACCGACACAACACGCGGCCCGGUUCCCUGCAGUCCGUCACCAUGGACGUGCUCAUGGCCAAGUACGGCGGCGCCGAGGUCCUACGUAAGGCCGUCAGCGGUAUGUUGCCGAAGAACAGGCUGCGGGAUAAGAGGCUCGCUCGGCUGAAGGCGUUUGAGGGCGACGCGCACCCGUUCAAGAAGAACUUGAUACGGUUUGGUGGUGUGGAGGUGGGCAAGGAGGGCUGGGGCGAGGCGGUCAAGGCGAUAAGACAGGCGGGUGCGGAGAGGUUAUAG